AUGUCCUCGCCGGAGCGUACCAUCGUCAACCUUUUGGCCGAGAUAGCUUUCUCUUUCGACGGAGCAAUCCUCGGAUUAACCCUAGCUUUUAGCUCCGUCCGUUCUGCUUUCAAGUAUGCCUCUAACUCCGCCGCUUUGAAUAAGAUCAAAGAAGCACCCGAAGUCUCCGUCUCCGAUCUCCGGUCACUGAUUCCGACGACAGAAGAACAACAAUAUGGGUCGAGCGAGAACGGGAAUAGUCAUGAUCGGCGUAUCGUUAUUGUUCGCGGAACUGUAAAACCCGGUGAUGGGAGUAACAAGAACAACGUCUUAAUCUCUUCGGAGACUGGAGAUAAAGCUCUUAUCAUUCAAAGAACUCAAACUUAUAUGUAUAGUGGAUGGAAGACGUUGUUUCAGUUGUCCAAUACUCACCGGUUUAUUUUGGAAAGAACUUUGCCCAAACAAGGAACUUAUUGUAUGAGAAGGGUUCCGUUUGUUAUUGUGGAAAACAAUCAAAAACAACCGCUAUCUAGUUUUCUCGUUGUUAACAUGGAUGGUUCAAGGCAACCUCUUCCGCUUACGACUGUGUAUAGUCGGUUGCAGCCGAUGACUUCAUCUCCAUUUUCGUUUCUUCAAGCUUUAUUGUUCCCUGAGUAUCCUGUCGGUCUGCUUGAUGUAGAGAGGAUUUUACCACCUGGGAGAGAUAUUACAGCUGUUGGCAUCUGCAGUUUCAAUAAUGGAGUUCCUGAGAUCAAGUCAUGCGAAGAUCUUCCUUAUUUCUUAUCAGAGAUGAAUAAGGAUAAGAUGAUAUCGGAUCUUAUGAGCCGUUCCAGUGUACUAUUCUGGGGCGGUCUUAUCAUGGGCUGUGUGUCUAUUGGCAUCCUUAGCUUUGCCGCUGUCAGGUCCUGGAAUAGAUGGAAACUAUGGGCUAAUCAAAGACAGACGCCACAGACACCAAACCAACCCGUGGUCGAGGAUGAAACCGAAGAUGCAGAUGAGAUUCCAGAUGGACAAUUGUGUGUGAUCUGCGUGUCGAGGAGGAGAAUUCCUGCAUUUAUUCCUUGUGGACAUAUAGUCUGUUGCAGGCAAUGCGCCUUAACCGUGGAACGCGAGUCAAACCCAAAGUGUCCGGUUUGUCUCCAGAGCAUUAGAGGAUCUAUGCGUGUAUAUUACUCUUGA